AUGUCGUUACCACCAGCUGGACCGUAUCGCGGCCAGCAAACCUCUCAGCAACUGUUCCCCCAGUUCGGGCUGCCACGACGACUGCCCCCGAACGAGACUGUCAGCACUUGGGACUCUACACUCCGGGACAGGCCAAAGCUCCGCAGAAUCCUGCAGCCCCUUGUGCCGCAACCGGAGAGCUUAAAUGUGCUCGAAGGCAGGUCGCAGGCGUUGCGUGCCCGGGCCCGUGGUUGCGAUUCAUGGUCCGGACUCCGACGCCCUCUACUCGUGCCACGCGACUCAAGGGAUCUGGCUCGUGCUCAGGCGCGUCAGGGCACGCAGCUUGCGGAAGACAGGCCGGUCUUGGAGAGGACGUCGAAGAACAGAGUUUUUCUGUUUGGCCUUUUCGCUCAGUGGCUGAUCACGUGUGGCCUUUUGCUCGAGGACCUUCUUGACAUCCGUAAGGCAGAUGCUGAGACUGUAAACCUCUGGCUCGUGAGCUAUGGCAGGCAGUUGUUUGAGAGUGGUCGGCUCUACUGCCAUUAUGCUGAGACCAUGAACGGGAUUGUUUCGCGAAAACCAAUCCUGAAAAGAUCCCUUCAAGCAGCCUGGGACCUGGCUUUUUCUUGGAUGGCCCUCGAACCCUCCAUGCACCAUGUGGCCAUGCCAGCAGUCGUUCUGCUGAGCACGCUGACCUGGUAUGGGGACGUCCUCUUCUCUCAGCGCCACGUUUUGGCAAGGCGUCACGGCUCGAGGCAAGCUGAUUGUGGUAGUUCUCCGAUUUGGUGUUUCACCACUUUCCUUGCCAUACCUGACCCCAGCGAUCCUUCGCGCCGAGUGCUGCUCUUGGUAGAGCUCACUCACGGCCUGUGGCCUUUAUUGCUGCCUGGUGACAGCUUUGGAGAGGGCGCCGCCCGCGGAGCCCCGCGUGGCAUCGCAGAGCCCGCAAACAGCGGGCACAGGCACGCCGCCGUCUUCAUCGCGGACGUGGACAACCGGGCCUCGGCAAAGGGCGGUUCCAACAAGGGCAGAGACCGCCAGGAGGCCCAAGUCACUUGCAUCGACUUUGGCCUCCCUACCUCCAUGGUUCAGACGUUGCAAUCGAUUUCGUCGAGAGCAACACAGGACCUUUGGGGACAAGGAGCUUUCUCGACAGAUGGUGCAACAGUGGAACAGUUGGCACAACGCACAGCCAACACCCUGGGCCGCCUUUCCAAAAGACUCAAUGGCAACAUGCGAGCCAAGAAGGACCUGCAGGAUGCGCUGACGGCCUGGGUUUCCAUGAUCAGCCAACAUCUGCUGGGCCUGACGCAUCGAGUGGAUGCCCUGUCCCGCAAGGUGGACGAGGACUCAAUCGCUGCAGUCGAGGAGCUCCGACAUGUCUCGGCAACACAACCGUCUGCAACCACCAACGAGCAGCUGGCGCGAGCGGAACAGUCCUUGGGCCCUAUCUGGACGGAUCCACAGGUGCAGGAGGUGCAUCGGCUCUGUGGCUCUUGCGCCACGUGGCACCCUUGGGGCUCCCCUGCAGCCGGCCACUGCUAUGUCCGCACCUAUGAUGCCACCGGUCCCGCUGGGCCCACCUGCAGCACAUCCUGGUGGUUUUGGGAGCGAUCGGAGGCCAGCUUCGGGACCCCAGGACGCUUGACAGGUUUUGGAGAGCCGGAGGCGCGCAGUGGCAGAUGGCGCAAACGCAGUGGUGGCGGUGUCGAGCGGCCCUCCAAGAGCCCCCGGCGCGAUCUGCCAGGGACUCCAUGGCCGCGGGAAUCUACAGACCGUACACCGGAGGCCCCUCAACGAGCUCCGGUCACUGUGGUGGCAGACGAAGGCUCCCUCGGCUCCUCCCUGGUGCGUUGGCUGCAUCCGCUGGUCCUUGGGUGGAGGCUUGGAUGGCCAUGCUCCGUUUCUGUGUCGACAGUGGUUCCGACAUGGUGGGUGAUGUGGCACAGUGCCCUCAGCAAGACGCCUGCCUGCCGCUUACUUUGGACGCACAAGCACAGGAAGUGGCUCUGCAGACUGCAGAGUCCACGUGGACGGCCUUGGUGCAUGCAGUCAGCGACCCCACCCAGGCGGACCUUCCUCCUGCAAACGGCCCUGCACUGCUUGCGGAAAUGCACGGACGUCUUGCCGAGGGUCCGGCAGGGACUUCUGGUCGCCAGCUUGCUGACCACAGGAGGCCUGCUGGAUCCCUUCUCAUUUGCACCUUCUACGGCCCAGGAAUGGUUGUUUCCCAGCCUAUUGCUGGAGGCCGAGGUGCAAUUGCGCGGUUUCAUCGCUCGGGAUGCCUCACAGGACCCACGUGUUCAAGUCCUACUGCGCCUGCCUUCCCCGUUCCUUGGUGCAGCGCUGGCCGAGGAACUGGACGAAGGCUGUGGUUCUUCGAGUCUGCUUUGCUGCAACGGCGUUGUCGCACUCAGCCCAGCUGCCAGUGCUCAGGAAGGCGGCGUUAAAUCGCCUCUUUCUUUGAUCACUCUCAGCCUUUUCCUAGGGCGGUGCCUCAUCUUGUGCAUAGCUCUGUACAGGGUAGCCGUCGUCAGUGAGCGUUUCCUGGCCACAUAUGGACCGCAACUCUCGUGGCGUCGCUCGUGGCAGCUACCCUGUCAGCGACAGCUUGGUGGGUGGCAGCUCUAUUUGGGCCGCCUGCCUCCAUGUUUGCCUGUGCUUGCAUCAGUGAACUUUUGGCCUUCCUCCCUGGUCUUGCCCUGGACAUGGGCUCUACGCGCCUGGGCCAUCUCAGCACCUGUGCUUGUCCGGGCGGUUUCGCUUCCCGGUGCCGUCCCCUCCUCCACCGGCCCUGCAUGUGGCUGA